AUGGACUCCGAAAAGAGGAAGUAUGACCAUCUUGCUGACGGCGAUCAAGAUUCAUCUCCGAGGAAGCGACUGAUUGGCCCCUCAAUGCCUCCUUCAAUGCCACCCCCGACGGAAGCGGAGACUCAAGCAUCCGAGGAUGGCGAAACCGAUGAUAGCGACGACGAUUUUGGCCCCGGCCUACCUCCUUCGCAUGGUGGACCAGCAGCAUCUGUCCAGACAUCUGAUCCACACGAACCUGAUUAUCAAACAAACCUGACCACGCCGCUCGCCAAGAAAGAAAGCGCUCGAGAUGAGUGGAUGUUGAAACCCCCCGAGCAAAGUGACUGGGCCUCCAAAAUCGACCCGACACAGCUGCGGAACCGAAAGUUCCAGACUGGCAAGUCUGCUCGCUCCGGAGCUGGGCCAAAACAAGUAGACGCUGCGUGGACGGAGACCCCUGAAGAGCGGAUGCGUCGAUUGGGCGACGAAGUCAUGGGCGUGGGUAAGCAAUCAACCACAUCUGGAAGGCUUCCCAAACCCGACCCCAGCCAGAAUCGAUCCAUGGAGGAAAAGGUUAAGAAGUAUAAUGAUCGUAUGGGGAAGAAUACCCGCCUGGAAGAACAGAAAGCACGGAAAGACGAGGAUGAUGACCCAAGUGCACGUGGAUUUGAUCGGGAAAAGGAUAUGGCCAUCUCAUCGAAGAUAACUGGCGCACAGCGUCGCGAUAUGGUGAACCGUGCCAGUGACUAUGGCUCGCGGUUCAGCAAAGGGAACUUCCUUUGA